AUGUGGACGUGCCGGCGGCUCCCACCCCGCCCCUCCCGCGAGUCCUUCGCUGCGCAGCACGUGCACGAGCGCCGUGCCGUCGAGGCAACUGUUGCGGUGGCCAACCGAAUUACUUUCGAACGCCCCUGCCGCCGGACGAGCGGCACGCGCCUCCAUCCGUGCACCGACGCACCCGCCGCCGACGCCGCGGCAGUUGGUGGCUUUCCUGCCGCGCACGCAUCAUGCGAGACGCCGUGCAAAGUGACGCUGCCUCCAGCAGGCGUCGCUCAGUUUUUCUUUCGUUUCUCUUGGUGCAGCGCGACUGCCUACGCCUCCGUGGCGGCGACAGAAUAA